AUGUUUUCUUUAGGCACGUGAUCUGAGAUUGCGAAAAAUGGGAGAGAGGAGCCUGCAAGCAGCCAGAGAAGGGGGGCAAGGAGAGGAAGCAGCUGACUGGAGCAGAUAUUCUUCAGAAAUUUCUCCAGUGAGGAACUGUGUUAGUCCCAUGCAGGGAGCAAGUGCAUUCAUCUUCUUUGGGGAGUAAAUUCAAGUGUCUUUCUUUGGCAGGAUUUCUGCCACCAUGAAGAUCUGGCUGAUCCUCCUAGGCCUGGCCGCAACUCUGAUCCCAAGCUUCUCACAGGGGGUGCCAGAAAAGAGCAUAAGAGAAGCUGAGAAUGACGGACCUGAGCAGACUCAGACCACAAACAAUGGCGGAUGGAAUUGGCCCUGGAAUAUCUUCAGACAGGGUCCUGAGGUUACGGAAGAGCCAACCCGGGUCACAAGAAGCAGCAACAACAAGGAAACCGGAACAUGGCGCCCCCACAGCAAGAUCCUUAACCUUCAGGACUCUCAGGGGAUUCCAGUUGAGAAUGAAGAUAAUGCUACAGUGAAGCUGGAAGAAGGAGGCGAGAGAGAAAACGAAGGGAGCCAUGAGCAAAAGGAAGCUACUCAUUUGGAAGUUGCAUCUAACAAAAGAGAUGGGGGACCAGAGGGCAAUGAAUGUAAACAGUCAAGAGUCUCUGAGGUUGGUGUCAAGGAAUGUCUGGAUGACCCAGAGAUGCCUGCUGGGACCACAAACACAACAGAGCCAGCCACAAGGAUACCAACAACAGCAGAGGCAACGGCAAGUACCCCUUGCACAUCCAAACAGUGCCAGCCACGCAUUAAUCCAUGGGCCACGUGCGCUCGUGCCACUACAGAGGAUGAAAAGAAGUUGUUUGAGGCUCUAACUGAAUUUUCUGUGGAGUUCUAUAAAGCAGCAAUCCUACAUGAGAUGCCUGGCUCUAACUUGAUCUUUUCACCCUUCAGUGUCGCAGUGAUGCUCUCCAACCUAUUGCUGGGCACCUGCAAUCAAACCAAGGACCGUCUUGAGAGGCUGCUCUUUUAUCCUGAAGGAUUCACAUGUGUCCAUAGAGCACUAGAGAGUCUCCAGAAAUCAGAGGCCUUGACCUCCGCCAAUGCAAUGUUUUUCCAACCAGCUCUCCCCUUGGAAAAUGAUUUCCGCAACCUGACAAGGAUGUUCUAUAAAACCAAAUUGGCUCACCUUACUAAUAACAGCAACCAGGAUGUGGCAGACAUCAACAGUUGGGUGAGCCAAAGUACUAACAAGAAGAUCAAGAAGAUUGUGAAUGAGCUGGAUUCUGAUGCCAAGAUGAUACUCCUUAAUGCUGUCUACUUCUACUCCAAGUGGAAGGAAAUGUUUGUAGAGAAAGACACAAGGAAGGCAAAAUUCUACCGCCCAGGCUUAGCUCCCAUCAAUGUUCAAAUGAUGAUGAGUAAGAAAUACCCAAUGGCCUCCUUCAUUGACUACAGCCUGCAGGCUAAGGUUGGCCGACUACAGCUGUCUAACAACAUGAGCCUGGUCAUAAUCAUGCCCCGCUCCAUAACUCAAAAUCUCACCGAGGUGGAGGAGCGCCUCAGUGCAGUUGUCUUCAAGUCAGUGAUGACCAAGCUGGAAAGCACCCAUUUCAAGCCUACCGUGGUCUACCUACCCAGAUUCAAGGCGGACACUUCCCAGAACCUCAUGAACAUAAUUGGGGAGAUGGAUUUUGGCUUUUUCUAUGAUGCCGAUCUGUGUGAGAUCUCCACGGAUAAAGAAUUGGCCGUGUCCAGUGCUCACCACAGGGCUGUGCUGGAAAUCAGCGAGGAAGGAGUGGAAGCAGCGGCUGCCACAGUUGUCUCCCUGGCACGCACAGCCAAUAUCUUUGAAGUGUCUCAGCCCUUCCUUGUUGCAGUGAUGAGGGAUAAUGGGUUCCCAGUCUUCAUGGGGCGCAUCAACAACCCACAGGCAGCAUAACGUUCUCCUCCUUGCUCCUGUCAGCUUCUGCCAGACACCCACAGGAUUGCCCCUGGUUCAACCUUCACUGUUUACACAUGAAGCCUUGUGCAAGUGGCUGUAACAUGUUCCUUUGGUAUUUUCUCCCAUUUUAUUCUUUUCCGUUAUAAUUUUAUCCUCCCAUUCCUAUGCCUUUUUUUAAAAAAAAGCUGGUUUCCCUCCCCAUUGUCAUUUUUCUGUGAUUUUUUUUUGUCCUUCCUUUGCAUUACUGAGCAAUCCACCUGUUCCCAUUUAUGCAGCAGGCUUGAAAAGAGGUCUCCUCUGUCAAGAGGUCCUCCUUCUCCUUCUCCUCCUUUUCCCCAUGUAACCACUGCAACAAACCAUUCAGCCUCUUCCAUUUCGCCUUCAUAAGGAAUAAAGCGAAACUAUAUUGACUCA